ACGGACCGACGUAGGUUCAUUCACUUAACCAAUCAGAAUGAGCCGCAGUCUAAUGCCACUGUGUACGUGUACUUGUGUGAGUUCUGUCUUGUACUCUCAUCCAUUCAAGCACAGCAGACAAGAGAGGAGGACAACACUUGGACAGUCAUCCUGAACCUUCCAAAAUACAUUUCAUCCAGACACCUGUUCAACCAUCUUCCAGGAUGUUCUCCCAAUAUAAGAUCAUCUUGUUGAUGAACUGCCUGCUACUCCUGACUGUGAUGUUUCCUGCGGUCCAGUCACGUCGAGGCGGGGGCUUUGGCCGUGGGGGAGGCCGAGGUGGAGGAUGGGGUGGAAGCAGCUCUGGUCGCACGGGAUGGGGAGGAGGCGGUGGACAUUACCGUGCCCCACCAGUCCAUACUGGAGGCUCCUCGGGACACAGUGCUGGGAAGGUAGCAGGGGCGGCCGCCGCCGGAGCUCUAGGGGGAAUGCUGGUCGGACACGGCUUGAGCUCCAUGGCCCGACCUGGAUAUGGGUACGGGCAUGGGUAUGGAGGAUAUGGAGGCUACGGUGCGGGGUAUGGGUAUGGGCAUGGCCACAGGUACGGCCACGGACAUGGGCAAGGGCACGGACACGAAGGACAUGGUGGUGAGCAUUCAGGAGAUCAUGUUCACAACGAGACACAUGUGGAUUAUUACACAGAUGCUGCCAGUUCUGGACCUAUUUAUAGUUGCGUGACAGUUUUUGGACUCGUGAUGUCAUUCUUACUUGGGUACAUUCUGUCAUAAAGGACACUUUGGCACUUGGCAUGGGUCAGUCUUGGGCACCUUCUUGCAUCUGUCACUUCUUUCGAUACAAAAAUAAUCUAACAAAAUAAAAAAUGUGUGACAGACGCAGCAUUAAAACAUGGGAGUAAAAUGAAAAGCAAUUAAACCACUAUCAAGUAUUUCAUUACACCUGAGGCCCCUGUGCAUGAUCUCUGCCAAAGUUUUGUUAAAUUGACAGCAGAAAAUAAGGUUACAUUUGCUUGAUUGGCGUUUUGAGCAAGUUCUGUUUCCAAUGUUUCCUCAGUGUUUGUUUUUUAGCUCUGAAGCGAGCGUUAUGAUGAGCAUAUGCCUGAGUCAGAAGCCUGUCAUUUUUUUUCCCCAGAUUGAUGGUUUUUAU